CCACACAUAAAGAAAUGGAUAACAAUAAUGAUUCAUCAAAAUCAUUUACCGGACCACACUUCUUGUUCGUGACAUUUCCGGCACAAGGCCACAUAAACCCCUCUCUCGAGCUAGCCAAGCGCCUCGCCGGAACAAUAACCGGAGUUAGAGUCACCUUCGCAGCCCCAGUCUCCACCUAUAACCGCCGUAUGUUCUCUAAAGAAAACGUCCCUGAAACCCUAAUCUUCGCCUCCUACUCCGAUGGCCAUGACGACGGCUUCAAAUCCUCUACUUCCUCCGACAAAGCUCGCAAAGACACAGCAGGACAAUACAUGUCUGAGAUGAAACGACGUGGCAGAGAAACCUUAACCGAACUAAUCGAAGAUAACGGUCGUGAAAACCGGCCUUUUACCUGCGUGGUUUACACUAUCCUCCUCACUUGGGUCGCUGAGCUGGUGCGUGAGCUUCAUAUCCCUUCUGCUCUUCUCUGGGUCCAGCCCGUGACAGUCUUCUCCAUCUUCUACCACUACUUCAACGGCUACGCAGAUGCAAUCUCAGAGAUGGCUAAUAACGACCCUUCUGGUUCUAUUAAGCUACCAGCUCUGCCACAGUUCCGUCUUCGAGAUCUUCCCACGUUCAUCGUCCCUGAAAACACAUACUCCUUUCUUCUCCCAGCGUUUAGAGAACACAUAGAGUCACUGAAGCAAGAGGAAAACCCUAAGAUUCUCGUCAAUAGUUUCCAAGAGCUUGAACAAGAAGCUUUUAGCUCGGUUCUUGAUAAUUUCAAGAUUGUCCCCAUCGGUCCAUUGAUAACCUUGAGGACAGACUCGGAGAUUGGCGCUGAAUACAUUCAGUGGUUGGAUACAAAAGCGGAUUCAACUGUGCUUUAUAUUUCGUUCGGGACACUUGCCGUGUUGAGCAAGAAACAGCUUGUGGAGCUUUGCAAGGCGUUGAUACAGUGUCGGAGGCCGUUUUUGUGGGUGAUUACCAAUAAGUCGUACAGAAGUAAAGAAGAUGGGGAAGAGAACGAAGAAGAGAGCAUAAGGAGUUUCAGAGAAGAGCUAGAUGAGAUAGGAAUGGUGAUUUCUUGGUGCGAUCAGUUUAGCGUUUUGAAGCAUAGAUCAAUAGGUUGUUUCGUGACGCAUUGCGGGUGGAACUCGUCUCUGGAGAGCUUGGUCGCGGGAGUUCCUGUAGUUGCGUUUCCGCAGUGGACUGAUCAGACGACGAACGCUAAGCUUCUAGAAGAGUGUUGGAAGACAGGUGUGAGAGUGAUGGAAAAGAAGGAAGAUGAAGAAGUUGUGGUGGAUAGUGGGGAGAUACUGCGGUGCAUUGAGGAAGUGAUGGAGGAGAAGGCGGAGGAGUUUAGAAGACACGCCGCAAGGUGGAGAGAUAUAGCGGCUGAGACGGUGAGAGAAGGAGGGUCUUCGUUUAAUCAUCUCAAAGCUUUUGUUGAUGAGCACAUGUGAGAUUAGGACAAAGUAUGGUAUUUGACGAACAAACAUGUUUCUUUCUUCAACUGCGACUUGAUGUUAAAAACAUAAGAAAACAAAUUGUUAAUGAGGCUGGGAGACUAGAAGAUUAUAGACAAGUUCUAUAUGGCACUUGGCGUAAGACUUCCAUGGAGAAAAUUUGGGAUAAACUUCUAUACAAGCUCUAUGAUCCUCUUAGCUUCACUGGUUCAGUAUUUGAUUUAGUAUGUUAUCACUUCUUAUAUUAAUAUGUUACACAGCUGUAUUUGAUUGUUUGGACACUAAGUUCAUGAAACUCGAUCGUAGUACUGCUAUCUAAAUUGUCUUUGACUGAUGAACUAGCCGUGUAACUCUGUUUUCACUCUGAAGUUUGUUCUCACUUUAACUUUUGUUCUCCUUGUCUCAGGAGUGGCCUGGUGCUAGAACAAUAAAAAACAAACAUAUAGAUUUAAUGGAGAAAUUUUUUGGGAUGGUUUAUAUUAGUUGAGGUGAAAGUUGGACUGCUCAUCAAGGUGAAGUGGUUUUAGAUACAAAGUACUCAUAUCAUGUGGAUGAUGCUGAUGGUCAUUAGCGGUUCUUAGGAUAUCUCUAACCACUCUCUAUAUUUUAUUCUAAAAUAGAGUGGAGAAUAG